AUGAGGAACCAGGUGAAGCAGGCGAUGCGCACCGACCCCCGCUACUCUAAGGAGAGGCACGGCGAGGUCCGACUCGCCGGCGAGCCCACACCCCAGCAGCAGUCCGCUGUAGAGUCAGUCGAGGACGCGCUUGAGGUCUUGCACGACGCCGUGCACGAGCUGGUUGCGGCCUACCUGACACCGGAGGAGAAGCGCUACCUCGGCAUCGACACGCAUCUCUUCCAGACCAACACGGAGAAGGCAAACACCUAUCAGUACGCACCGCCGCCGCCGAAGCCGCAGUCGUCGUCGAGGAGUGCCGCACGAAGGGCCGGUGGAAAGACGUCCAGGGCGGUGAAGUCUCCACUGCGGUCCACUCGCCACCGAGAGGUGCGCGAGGAGGAGGAGGAGGAGGGUGAGGCUCAUGAAGACAUAGCAGCCACCGCGCCAACGCCGGCAGCUCCAACUCGCACCGCCCCUGCCGACACGCCGGCUCCACCGCAGCAGCCGUUGACUACGACGACGACCCACAACAAUAUCAGCAACAACGUGUGGGACUCGUCGGCGCCAACGGCCUCAGCUGCCUUCAGAUCGGCCGCCAUCUUUCCUCCAGCGUCCCCCGUCAAGCUUGCACAGCAGUCUGUGGCUGAACUCUCCCCGCUGUUGGCUCCGCCACAGCCGGUAACGUCGUCGUCGCAGCCUUUCUACUCUUCCAUCGUGCACGCCGCAGCGCUGGAGACGCAUGAAGACAGCUUUGGUGCCACAGCUGAGCAGAGACCUGUGGCGGCUUCCCAUACAGAAGACACAGAGAUUGCGGAAGGGACCCCGGAGCGCGUCUUGGCGUCGGCUGCGUCCGCGUCGACACUGAGCAGCGCGUGGCCCACGGACACAGGGGCGCGGUCGCCACCGCAUCCGCCGCCCGGGUCGCAGCCCCCGCUUGCAACUGACCCGCUCGUGAAGGCGUCAGCGAGGAGCAGCCCCGAUGAGCAGAAUACGAUUGCCAGGACGCCGCCGGCGAUCCCCCCGAGAUGCACGUCGGUGCAGGCGCAGGUGCCCGCACUGACUUCCGCAAACUCUACGGAACCGCCGUCGCACCCGCCCAGCCAAGCUGCCGCCGCGACGAGCUGCAACGACGCCUCUGCUGCACAGGCCUCCGAGCCGAAAGCACAGACAGCGGUCUCGAAGUUCAAGCGCUUCCUGAUCGACUCCGACAGUAACAGCAGCUUCUGA